AUGGAAGAAUUACAAGGAUAUUUAGAAAAAGAUAGAUCUCGGCAACAACACUUCCUAUAUCCGCUUCUUUUUCAGGAGUAUAUUUACGCGUUUGCUCAUGAUCAUGGUUUAAAUGAUUCGAUUUUUUACGAACCCGUGGAAAUUAUUGGUUAUGACAAAAAAUCUAGUUCAGUACUUGUGAAACGUUUAAUUAUUCGAAUGUAUCAACAGAAUUAUUUGAUUAAUUCGGUUAAUUAUUCUAACCAAAAUCGAUUCGUUGGGCACAACACUUAUUUUUAUUCUCAUUUUUUUUCUCAGAUGAUAUCAGAAGGUUUUGCGAUCAUUGUGGAAAUUCCAUUCUCGCUGCGAUUAGUAUCUUUUCCCGAAGAAAAAGAAAUACCAAAAUGUCAGAAUUUACGAUCUAUUCAUUCAAUAUUUCCCUUUUUAGAGGACAAAUUAUCACAUUUAAAUUAUGUGUCAGAUAUACUAAUACCCUAUCCUAUCCAUUUGGAAAUCUUGGUUCAAAUCCUUCAAUGCCGGAUCCAAGAUGUUCCAUCUUUGCAUUUAUUGCGAUUCUUUCUCCACGAAUAUCAUAAUUGGAAUAGUCUCAUUACUCCGAAGAAAUCAAUUUACGUUUUUUCAAAAGAAAAUAAAAGACUAUUUUGGUUCCUAUAUAAUUCUUAUGUAUCUGAAUGCGAAUUUGUAUUCGUUUUUCUUCGUAAACAAUCUUCUUAUUUACGAUUAACAUCUUCUGGAACCUUUCUUGAGCGAAUACAGUUCUAUGGAAAAAUAGAACAUCUUAUAGUAGUGUACCGUAAUUAUUUUCAGAAAACUUUAUGGUUCUUCACGGAUCCUUUCAUGCAUUAUGUUCGAUAUCAAGGAAAAGCAAUUCUGGCUUCAAAAGGGACUCAUCUUUUGAUGAAGAAGUGGAAAUGUUACCUUGUCAAUCUCUGGCAAUAUUAUUUUCAUUUUUGGUCUCAACCACACAGGAUUCAUAUAAACCAAUUAUCAAACUAUUCCUUCUAUUUUCUGGGUUAUCUUUCAAGUGUACUAAGAAAUCCUUUGGUGGUAAGGAAUCAAAUGUUGGAGAAUUCAUUUCUAAUAGAAACUGGUAUUAAGAAAUUCGAUACCAUAGUCCCAGUUAUUCCUCUCAUUGGAUCAUUGUCUAAAGCUAAAUUUUGUACCGUAUCGGGACAUCCUAUUAGUAAGCCGAUCUGGACCGAUUUAUCAGAUUGUGAUAUUAUUGAUCGAUUUGGUCGGAUAUGUAGAAAUCUUUCUCAUUAUCAUAGUGGAUCCUCCGAAAAACGGAGUUUGUAUCGAAUAAAGUAUAUACUUAGACUUUCGUGUGCUAGAACUUUAGCUCGUAAACAUAAGAGUACGGUACGCUCUUUUUUGCGGAGAUUAGGUUCGGCAUUAUUAGAAGAAUUUUUUACGGAAGAAGAACAAGUUCUUUCUUUGAUCUUCCCCAAACCAACCCCUUUUUCUUUACAUGGAUCACGUCGAGAACGUAUUUGGUAUUUGGAUAUUAUCCGUAUCAAUAACCUGGUGAAUCAUUGA